AUGGCCUCCCCGAGCGCUCGUGCCUCACAAGGCUCUCCUACCCAUAAUGAACGCCAUGAAGAUUUCAUUGAGUUUGUGAGGCAGAACUCACAGAUGGGGUUGGACGGCCACAACAAGAAGGAACCCUUCAUCAGUCCUGCCGAGACCGAAGCUUGGUGGAGACAACGCGGCGAGAAUCGUAUUCCCCGUGCACUCGAACGUUCUAUCCAGGCACGACCUUCCACUAUUCUCACGGGCUACAUCAUCAUAUUCUCAAUCCUCGUCUACAUUCGACGAACUUGUUUAAUACCUACCUUUAUACGCCAUGGUUUCCAAGAUAAACAGCUGCCCAUCCUCGACCCCGCCUGUUUCGGAGAGGAUCCCACGCAGAUUGCCAUGAUGCGCGAGUUCUACGACAGCCAGUGGAGAUUCUGUCCUGUCAUUUUCUCGAAUAGCUCACCAAUGGACCAGAGAAACAUCCAUGUACGGCAGAUACUACCUAUCAGGUCUGAGACGAUAAUAGGAAGCAAAGCACAAAACUCCAAGUCACUGAUUCGAGUGAUCACUCUGUAUGAUGGAUGCUACGACACAUCAUGGAGUCCUACAGGCGUCGUCGUUUUCAAAGAAUACCGCAAACAGGGUUUCCGAAGAUCAUGGACUCAAGAGUUCAACGCAUUCGUCUCGAUCGAUUCCUGCGAACAUAUCGUACAGUAUCUUGGCUCGUUCGAACAGAACAAUCGGUACAUCAUCAUCCUCGAGCAUGCAAGUGGCGGCAGUCUACUACAUUUGUUCAACCAGGACGUUCGGCCUACUACACCCGAGCAACGCAUGCACUUCUGGAGAGGCCUGAUGGGCCUUACAAAGGCCAUCAACACGAUACAGAACCUUGGUGGAGGACCGGGUGACCAAAGAACAGGAUUUGCCCAUCGAGACAUCAAUCCAGCUAAUAUUCUAGUCUUUCCCGGCGAGGGAGGGAUGUUUUCUCCUGGUUUCAAGAUGAAACUUGCCGAUUUCGAUACUGCCAUACCGAUUCAUCGUAUCGGUGACAAACCUUUUACGUACCAGGACAAUGACGGAAACAGGACUUACUGCGCUCCCGAAGCCUCCCGGAUUUAUAAGGAGCAAGAGAGAGACUUGAAGCAAGUCCACGUCGCCUCUGAUAUAUGGUCUCUUGGGUGUGUCGUCAGCGAGUCCAUCGUCUGGGUCUCCGGCGGGAUGGCUGCGCUUGAGAGAGCUGUCAUCGACCGCAAUACUGAGAUCAAGAAAUGUUACCCGACCAUGGUUGGCAGUGGUUUCGAACAAGGCUUUCACAACUGCUCUGUGCUACUGUGCUGCGUCUUCAAUGCACACAGAACAGCACUUGAAAACUUGCAGGGCGUAUCUUCCUUGUCGGAAGGUGUGUCCAGGCUGGUAGAACUUGGGAUGCUCGUGUCCAUCGAGAAGCGGAACGAUCCAAUAGUUCUCUGGAACAACUUUGAUAGCUUGUACAACCAGUUAUCGGCUGGCACUUUACAAAGCCCAGUUGCGGGUGAGUUCGCAACAGACACCAUAUAUUGCGACCAACCCACUGAGAAUCCUACGCAAUACGGCAACUUGCAAGCUCCAGGCUCAAGUUCUUUGACUUAUCCCCCAGUCAAUAUCAAUGGAUACGGGAAUAUGAUGCCGAAACGGAUUCCACGUACCCCUACGAUACAAACGGAUCCCAUUCUCAACAAUUGGGAUGAGAAUCAUCACUCCCCUCUGAGUACUGGAAGACCGACUUCCAAGCAGUGGACACCUCAGAGUCCUCAUGGUUUCAGUACUUCUCUGCAUCAAGCCAUCGAGGCGCACUCUGACGAAAACCGCUUCCCUCAGCAAAACCCAAGAAUCCAUGCAACCGUUAACGGCGCACAAUCCUCUAUACCACACAGGUAUUCUGUCAACUCGACAGUUGGUCAGAAUGGCUUUCAUUCCCCUAUAUCUGCACAGGUAACGCCAUUGGAAAGAGCCGCUUCGAGUUUCCUCAGCCCAUCACCCAUGCCUACCAGGCCAACGAGUAUGUACGGGACUACGACUGUGGAUGAUGCUUUCCGCCAUCGUCGGAACAACGGGAGAAGAGAGACUCUAGACGGGUAUACCAAGUUCCGUCAGCGCAUUGCACCCCGGCAUUUCAUCAUCCUGAUAGACGACUCCGAGUCAAUGCGAAUCAUGUUUCGCGAGGUCCUCAAGGUUGUCGAGAUUUUGGUAUGGCUCGUCAAGGAUUUCGACUCACUGGGUGUAGACAUUCGCUUCGCAUCCAAUCCAAUCAAGCGACAUACAAGGACUUUUCCGAGACCUUCCACCGACAGGCUCAUGGCCUCUGUUCGCCAAUGGUUCGAAAGAAACGAAGCUGACAAAUACUGCAAUAUGAAAUACUUGCUUAACAAAAUAUUUGCAGACGAUAAAAUAGUGAGCCCCAGAUAUCCGACCAGUGUCUUAGUUUUGACGGAUGGGGUUUGGGAGGGUGGCCCCAUCCAAGAUAUUGGUGCUGAGACGAGCAUAUCACAGGUCAUUAAGCAGAUGGAUGAUAAGGGGGUGAGUGACACAGACUUCACAUUCCAAUUUGUGAGAUUCGGUAAUGAUCCCGACGGCCUUGCUCGACUAAAGUAUCUCGAUGAUGAGGCUGUAUUUGAGAGCAGCAAGGGUCAUAAUCGUCAAGUUGAUAUCGUCGACUCGAAGCCCUCAACCGCCAAUGUAUGGUCAAUCCUCACUGGAGCGGUCAGUCCGCAUUGCGAUCAUGACGACGAGACGUGA